UGUCAGAACUACACCAAGAUAACACAACAAAACCAAUGUUUUAGCAAAUGAAAAGGAAAGUCUGACUGAAAUGGCACUGCGGUUUCUUAAGCUUCCAUUAAUCUCAACAUGCUGUAAUAAAAAUGGCGAUUCAUUGUGCAGUUCGAGCUUCUUUUCCUUGUGCAAAUCUUACCCAGCUAGUCUUACUCGUAAAUGGGUCAAACAAGAAAUGCACAAUCCUUUUAGAACCUAUGCUGUUGCCAAGGCAAGAAAGAUUCAAGCACCUAAAAAGAAAAGGAGGCUGGAUGAAGUAUGUCUUGAAAGGUUUCAGCAAUACAGCCGGACGUUUAUACAGUCAUGGAUUUUGCAAGGCAAAGUAUUUGUAGAUGGGAAGAAGGUGAACAAAGCUGGCACACCUGUCUCUGACAAAUCAGUUGUAGAGAUAAUGGCUGAAGUUCCAAAAUAUGUAUGUAGAGCAGGAUAUAAGUUAGAAGCUGCAAUUGAACAGUUGGGUGUUGAUGUGGCUGGCAAAGUAGCUCUUGAUUCUGGUUUGUCGACCGGAGGAUUUACUGAUUGCUUGCUUCAAUAUGGUGCGUCGUUUGUUUAUGGUGUUGAUGUAGGAUAUGGACAGGUGGCAGACAAAAUUCGCCGAGAUGAGCGUGUUAGUGUGGUUGAAAGGACAAACUUAAGAUACCUAACUGGACUUCCCCAGAAAGUUGAUUUAGUGACUCUAGACCUCUCAUUUAUCUCUAUUCUCCUGGUCAUGCCUGCUGUAGUUAAUGCUAUGAAGGAAGAUGCAGCAUUAGUCACUUUGGUUAAACCCCAAUUUGAAGCUCGCCGAAAACAAGUAGGAAGUGGGGGAAUAGUAAGAGAUCCUGAAGUCCACCAAGAGGUUCUUGAAAAGAUAAUAAAGGGCGUAGAGAACUUUGGAUUCUGCAGCAAAGGCUGGAUCGAGUCUCCUUUAAAAGGCGCUGAGGGCAAUAUAGAAUUUCUAGUUUACUUUAGCCGAUUACCUGAGAAAAAUACAGAAUAAAUGUAUUCAUAUUGCAAGAAGAUUCUUUGUAAUAGACUGCACAGAAAAGUUUAUCAUUGGUUUUUCUUGUACA